AGUCUUCACUUUCUAUUAGGUCCCAAUGGAUGUCACUCUUCAAUACAAUAUGUAUUACCUUCAGCAGGGCCGGAUUAACUCAAUACGGGGGCUGGACAAUCAUAGCUGUGCAAGGAUUUUGGGCCUGAUGAAAAGAUAUCACAUUGGGUCCCACCACCCACCCUGCACAUUCACUGUAACCGCAUCACCAGAACCCAUUAUAAAGCUUUAAAUAACUAUCUGUGCAGACUUGCAACUCUCUUUUACUCCAGUCCUUACUGUACGAUAUUUACGGACAGUGAGCUGUGAAAAUGUGUGAAACACUGCAGAGAUGCAACAUUCUGCACACAGAGGCUCUCUGGAUGCUUUUUGCUAAAAUAAAAAAAUAAACUGCUCGUUUUAUUUGCACAUUGUAAAUAAAGUAUUAUAUUAUUGAUAAUAGGUCGAUAAGUUUCUAUUUUAUUAAUUAUUUUUGCAUUAACCUAAGGAGAUUUCUGGCAGAGGCAAACUUCCACCAUGAAUGAAAUAAAAUGAAUGGAUACACUACAGAUUCUAUUGUGACUUCAUGCAAUUCAAAAGCAAUUAACUAAAACUAUUUUUAAAUAUUUCCUCACCUCUUCAAGUAGCUUCCCUGUUGUGUUUGGUGUAUGACUUCCAUUUGUUUAUCUUGCGGUUUGUUAAUAGAAGGAAGACUUUGUCAAAUAAACAGCUGUGAAACAGUGAGAGCAAGAUUAUUUAAUAUGGAUACACUAUUUUGCUGUCAAUUUUCACAUAUUUAUGAAAAAAAGACAACAUGCCUUUUCUUGGUGCCUAUUGGUCGACUGUAAAUACACGUUUGAGUAUCGGGCUCUGUGAUUGGACAGUCACAAUAAACUGGUCUCUCAUUGGCUGAGGACGACGCGGGGGUCCUAAACGUUAAAUAAAGCUCAAAAACAUGCUCGCUGACCUACCCGCUGUGUUUACCAUGUCCUGACUAAGCCACACAACGGAUCUUUUUACCGUCAGUAUGUCCACGACUGAUUUGUCCCACACGCUCGACAUCCUCCGGUCUCUGUAUCAGCACACACAGACGCUGGAGGAGUUCGCGGACCGCAUCGUGUUCAGAGAAGGACGGAGCGCGGUGCUCGUUGAACAGUCCGACACGAGCCGCUUCAGGUCCUUCGUCGGCGGUGUUUAUGUGUGCUUUGACAAGGAACUGCAACAGGUGCCAAGCUGCAACCAGAUCUGCACUCUCCCUGAACUGCUGGCCUUUGUUGUUAACAGUCUGAAAAGGAAAAGAAAAAGAAACAUCUUGGCACAUGGCUACAGUUUUCUGUCCGUGGCUCAGGAGGAGCGGGACGCCGACCACUUUAAAUUCCAAGGAGAUGUAAUUCAAAGUGCUGCCUACAUCCACGGCAGCGACAUGUGGAAGAAAGUCACGAUACGCCUCGGCACGGACCUCACGCGGUACCUGCUGGAGAGCUGCUCCGUGUUUGUGGCAGUUCCUCCUUCAUGUGUUUUCCAGCUGUGCGGCGCUCCCGUCUAUGACAAGGUGUCCAUGUCUACUGCCUCCACUGGGUUUUAUGUCCAGCCUCGGUCCAGGAGACAUAAAGGUGCUCGGUGUGGAAGGAAUCGCGGUGCAGCAAGCUUGAAAAGGAGACAGGAAGUUGGGAAUCCUGCUAUCAGCAAGACAAAAAACAGAAGGGAUGUAAGAGGAAAGAAGGGGAAAAGAAAGAGGGAUACUGACCAGAAGGAUGAGGAGGAGAUUAUGACUCGUUCGGGAAAGAGGAGACGGGUAGGACAGCAAGAGCCCACACAGGAAAAGCAACAGGUUUGCAGUGAAACAGUGGAGGAAGGACAGCCCGUGUCUGUGGAAACACCACUGUCCAUGAAGCCUUUGGAACAUGGCCCCACUGGCUCCAAACAGCCUGUUGAAAUGCAAACAACUGUGAUUCCCGUGGAGGGAGGACCCAGUUGGAGGUCGGGGAUUUUCCCCCCUUUGUCUCCCUCGCAGUGUUUCAUCCGCACGCUGGGAUUCCUGUACGGGGGAAGAGGCAUGCGUGGCUUCCUCCUCAAUAGGAAGAAGACGAGCGCCGGUGGAUGCAGGAGGCUACAAGGGCCAGAUUUGGUGCGAACAGUCUUCUUUGAGGGGCUGGCGUAUCUGAACGAUCUGGAGAGGAAGCCAAAGAAACUCCCUCGGCGCUUUUUCAACAUGGUCCCCGUGUUCAGUCAGCUGCUGCGUCUACACAGGAGAUGUCCCUACAGCAGAAUACUGCAGAGGAUGUGCCCAGCGGUGGAGGGGAGUGAUGCCGAACCCGGGGUAUUAAGCUCCCUCUUGCCUCAACACUGUGCACGUCCCCGGGUCUACCUGUUCGUCAGGGAAUGCCUCUCGGCUGUGAUCCCUCGGGAGCUGUGGGGCUCCGACCACAACAGACUUCAGUUCUUCUUCCGGGUCAGGAGCUUUCUGUCCAGUGGCAAGUUUGAGCGUCUCUCACUGGCUGAACUGAUGUGGAAGAUGAAGGUGAACGACUGCGAUUGGCUGAAGAUCAGUAAAACUGGCAGGGUCCCGCCCAGUGAGCUCUCAUACCGGACACACAUCCUGGGUCAGUUCCUGGCUUGGCUUCUGGACGGUUACGUCGUAGGUCUGGUUCGAGCCUGCUUCUACGUCACAGAGAGCGUGGGCCAGAAGAACGCCAUCAGGUUCUACAGACAGGAAGUCUGGGCUAAACUGCAGGACUUAGCCUUCAGAGUUCACCUCUCCAAGGGUCAGAUGGAGGAGUUGACUCCGACUCAGGUGGCAGCUCUCCCCAAAGCCACCGUCAUCUCCCGCCUUCGCUUCAUUCCCAAGACUGACAGCCUGAGGCCCAUAACACGAGUCAUAGGAGCAGAUGCCAAAACAAGGCUCUACCGGGGCCGUGUCCGGGACCUGCUGGACGUGCUGCGGGCCUGUGUGCGCUCCACUCCUUCCCUCCUGGGCUCCACCGUGUGGGGGAUGACGGAUAUCCACAAGGUGGUACGCUCUCUAGCUCCGGCCCAGAAGGCUGAACCACAACCCCUCUACUUUGUUAAGGUGGAUGUGAGUGGAGCCUAUGAGAGUCUGCCUCAUGACAAACUCAUUGAGGUGAUUGGCCAGGUUCUGACACCUGUCCAGGAAGAACUCUUUACCAGCCGUCGCUAUGCCAAGAUCUGGGCUGAUUCCCACGAGGGCCUGAAGAAGUCCUUUGUUAGACAGGCAGAUUUCCUGGAUGGUAACAUGGGAUCCAGCAACAUGAAGGGCUUUGUGACGUCACUGCAGAAAAGAGGAAAAGUUCAUCAUGCCAUUCUGGUAGAGCAGCAUUUCUGCUCAGAUCUUCAUGGCAGAGACGCGCUGCAGUUCUUCACCCAAAUGCUAACUGGCAGCGUUGUUCAGUUUGGCAAGAAAACAUACCGUCAGUGCCGAGGGAUUCCUCAGGGAUCGGCUGUGUCCAGUCUGCUCUGCUGUCUCUGCUACGGUCACAUGGAGAAUCUUCUGUUCAAAGACAUGACUCAAAAGAAAGGAUGUUUGAUGAGACUGGUGGACGACUUCCUUCUGAUCACGCCCGACUUACACAACGCACAAACCUUCCUCAAGAUCUUGAUGGCCGGGGUGCCGCAGUACGGUCUGGUGGUCAACCCGCAGAAGGUGGCGGCGAACUUUCAGGUGACGGGAAGCGUGGGCUCAUGUCCCGGCAUCCAUGUGCUGCCCCCCCACUGCCUCUUCCCCUGGUGUGGACUGCUGCUGGACACGCAGUCUCUGGACGUCUCCAAAGACUAUUCUAGCUACGCAGGCCUGUCUUUGCGCUACAGCCUUACUUUGGGCUCGUUCCACUCAGCCGGACAGCAGAUGAGGAGGAAGCUGAUGGCCAUCCUCAGACUCAAGUUUCAUGCCUUGUUCUUGGACCUGAAGACCAAUUCUCUUGAGGCGGUUUACCAGAACAUCUACAAGCUGGUGCUGCUUCAUGCAUGCAGGUUCCAUGUGUGUGCCCAGAGUUUGCCCUUCGGUCAGACGGUUGCUAAGAACCCCGUCUACUUCCUGCAGAUGAUAUUGGAUAUGGCCGAAUAUGCCAAUCAGCUCAUCAGGCUCAGCAACAAAGGUCUGAUUCUCGGCAGUAAGGCUCAGACUGGCGUUGUGCAGUACGAAGCAGUGGAGCUGCUUUUCUGUCUUUCCUUCUUGCUAGUGCUGUCACAACACCGUCCUCUGUACAAGGGGCUGCUCCCACACCUGCACAAACGGAAGCGCAGUCUAGAGCGACGUCUGGGGGAUAUGAGGCUGGCCAGGGUUCGACAGGCCACUAACCGCAGGACCCCAGUCGACUUCUUGGCCAUCCAGAUGUAGACUACCAGCUAGCCCCAAUUACAGCUCCACGAAACCCUCAGCAGCUCAAAGGUAUAGAUGAGUAUUCAGUCCAGCUUGGACUAAACUAUUGUCGUUGUGUUGUGAGUUUUGUCUAUUUCUUUGAGCACUGAAUGUUAUCAAAAUUAAGAAAACUAUUUCUUGUCUCAUCCUCAGGUUUGAAAUCUGUGAUUUGGAGUUAUCUGAUCUUCAGUGUCGAGGAAGAGGUUUUACAGAAAGAAAAACAGUCUUUAGUCAUAAAACACUAAAGUUUUAAACCCUCAGCCAUAAACACAAUAAAUACGUAAUAAUUGAAAAUCAUUCAGCCACUGUUCUGGAUCUUGCGUCAUCCCAUUGCUGUUUGUGUCUCUGGACUUUGAUUUACACUUUGUGGUAGUUUUCCACAAAGAAGUAAUGACGUCAUGGAAGAUAAUUUGAAUGUAACUAAGUUCACAGAAGUACUGUCAGCCCGUCAUGUUCAUAACUCAAGUGACAGCAGGAAGCUUUAGAUCUCGUUAAAUGAUGUUUUGUGACAUCAAGUUGAAACACACAGGCAUCAUUUACAUUAUGCACAACAAUGUACAAAGGAAAGACUUUCACUGUUAAAUAAAUCCACUUUUGCUAUUAAGGAUCACAGUUGUCAGUGUCUGAUAAAUCCUGAUAAAUGUAAACAUGACUGUUUAUAUGUCAGCUGAACAGAAGCAGUGACAACUAUUAGGAUGAUUUGUUCAGUAACGUGAUUUCUUAAGCUCUCUGAUUCGUCUGUUGCUGUGUUUCAACCUCAAAGCCGUCAUUGCAGGAGGGACUUAGGUCGGUGUGAGCGGAGGACUUCUUCAUUCUACAGCAGAUCAGUUGGUAGAGAGCCACCAGAGGGAUGGGAAGCACAGGUAUUACAGAGAGCAGGAUGAUUAUUGCAAACACCCAGUCUGGAUAGGGCUUCACCUCAGUUUUGGGGAAUAGUUCCUGAAGGAAAAGACAACAAAGUAUAAAUAAAGAAUAUUUUAGUUCAACAAUAGUUUCAUGUUUUGUGAAAUUUGCUGAUUCUCUUUAUUUCUCCCUCUUUAUAAUCAAUACCACUCUCAUAUCUGUGUGCUAAAUAUGAAGCUACAGCAGGUUAGCAAUUUGGUUAGCUUAGCAUAACUUAAAGUCCCUCUGCUCAACUAAGAAAGAAACUUUUGGGUGAUUGGGUGCCGCCCAAGAACACACGGCAAGAACAAGUACAAUAUUCACUCUCUUUCAGCUCUGUGUUUGGUCUCCUCCAACCACUUUGUAAAUAUCUGGCUUUCUAGCUGCUAUGGUCACCAGCUAGUUGCUAACUUUUGUGUGCCGUUUGGCACAUGAAGUGCUAAAGAUGAUGCUGACGGCAAUGAAAGUUGUGUCAAUAAUGCCUUUUUCAAUUGUUACCAAUGAGGGGAAAGCGUAUACGGACGCAUGCGUCCCCUUAGAAAAUAAGCGCCGCAACCAGAGUCUCUUUUUCUGAGCAUGUCGGUACCCUCAACGUACUUACAUAGGCUGGGUUCCAUGUGGGAUAAGUUGGGUGUUUUUGUGCCUGGACGACAACGUAGGUAAUCAACACCACCAGGAGCAUUAAAGGACUGAUCACCAUCCAGCAUGCCUUCCAGAAAAUGUUGGGCUUCUUCCCAGUCAUGAAGUAGAUGUCUUCACUGAAACUGUCAGGGGAUACGGGGACCAGAGAAAAUGUUUAGCACACUGAGAUCUGAAGUGUAUAGGAAUCUCAUAAGAGUAUCGAAGAGGAGGAGAAAAAGUUACUUUUUCAUUCCGUAGACAUAAAUGACUGCAGUAAUCUCAAAGAAUGCAACGAUGAGCAGAGGUACAGAGCCCACGUAGCUGUUAAAGAUCUCCACCCAGUAGUUCCCCGAACCCAUGGUGAAGAGGAGAGCCAUCAAGAAGGCUAUCAAGCAGAUGACCGCUAAGGAAGUGAGGGAAAACAAGUUUUUUCACAGAGGAGGCAGCAGGAAAAUGUAUCACAGCUUACCGCUUCAAAACCCCCGAACUAUCCCUUGAAGCUUACCUGCUACGAGUCCAUCAGGGAUCCACGUGGGCACUAGCUUCAGGUCUUUGAUGGGUGCGAGGACACCCUCUAAGUUGCCAAACAUGGAGGAGAGACCCAGGCUGAAGAGCAUGGUGAAGAACAAUAUGGCCCAUAUCUGCGCGCCUGGCAUCGAUACCACCGCUUCGCUGAACACAAUAAAAGCCAGGCCGGUACCUGAUGCGCUCUGGGAGAGGGAGACGAAAGAGAGGCAAGAAAGUAAUGACGAAAGCAUGAACUGACUCACUGCAGAAAACGAAGGCAUGCUUGUUAUUAGAGGAGAGUUUCACCCAUAGAGUCCGGUAGAGGCAGAAGCCUGUGCUUAUAGAACUAGGGUUACAAUGACGUAACCUUCGUUACAAUACCUGGUCAAGGAAUGUUUGCAGGUCACAGAGCCUCAGGUCCACACCGGCCACCUCACCUGGAGAUGUACGAUUUAGAUACUCCAACCAGUGAUCAUAGUUCUCCGCUGUUAUGUUCUGGUCUGAAAACUCAAAGUGGUUGGUCAGAGCCAAGAUGUUUCUGUAGAUCAGAGACCAAAAAAGAAAAUCUCCCUCAUUAGUAUCGGCUAGAAAAACAAUAGAUGUUUGAACAGCAUAGAAUAUGUGUGGAUACGCACUCCUUCACACAGGAGUUGUAGGCAGUGUUAGCUUUAAAUCCCAGGAUGGAGAAGAUGGGAAUUGCGCCGUAGAGAGAUGUGGCGCUAUUUAUCACCCCCACUAGAACAGCAUCCAUCUCACAGUUGUUUCUAAUGGAAACAGAACAAAUACCAAAACAAAUAAAAGUGACACACAAAUCAUCAAAAUGAUACUGUGAGAGUAUAGUUUUAGUCAUUACCUCUCUGGAUUAUAGCUCGAGAAAGCUAUCAGACCUCCAAAGGCCACAGAGAGCGAGAAGAAGAUCUGGGUGGCAGCGUCCAGCCACACCUGAGGGUUCUUCAGUAUCUCCCACUGCAGCGUGGGCAAACACAGCACAUCAGGUCAUCGUGCCCUGCAUACAAUCUUACAUCACCUGUAGUACCAAGUGGACAAGCUCACAUCAGGAGUGAAGAGGUA